GACCGGCUGUUGGUCAGUCCGGUCGGAGCCUCCGGAACGGCGGCAGGAGGACGGAGCGGACCCGGAUCUGAGGGUCCAUAUCCCUCCGAGGACCCCGGACGCGCCUAGACCCUCUGAGACCGACACCUGAACCGACUGGUACCCGGUUAGCGGAGCCGGUCUGAGGUUUUUGUCCGUUAAACCACCGGUUGAUCCGGAUUUAGGAGAUCCAGGUCCGGCUUUUAGACCCAGGUCAGUGGGACCGGCUCGACCCGGGUUCGCGUCCUCGCAAGCCGGAGACCAUGAGCCACUGAAAGCCUCCGCAGACCCCGACUCACCGCGGAGCUGAGGCCGGACAUGCCGCUGUCGGCGCCGGGCAGGAGGGCGGCGGAGCGGCGGAGCUCGAUCCGGGAGCGGAUGGAGGCCGCGGCGUCGGGGGUCGGGGAGCUGGACUACCUGCGGCACCGGCAGGAGCUACUGGUCCGGGCGGCGCUGGAGGAGCGGCCGAGGGAGAGCUCCGGUCCUGGUUCCGGUUUGCUGCUGGAGGAGAACAUCCUGCUGCUGAAAAAACAGCUGAACUGUCUUCGUAGACCUGAUCCUGGUCUGGGGUCUCAGCUCCAGGGCCUGGACCAACAGAUCAAUGACCUGCGAUUGGACGAUAGACCGUCACAUGACCCUCUGGAGACGGACAGCAGACCCAGCUCAGGGUUCUUCGACCUCAGCGACGCAGCAUCCGGUUCUCUGUCCAACUCGUCCAACUCUGUCUUCAGUGAAUGUUUGUGUUUGACGGCCGACGCUGACGGAAGAGUACCGCCCACGGAUGAACUCGUCUGUUGUCUGGACUGUGACGAUCUGGUUGCGGGACUUUGUGAAGACUCAUCCUCGUCCUCUUCAGUCCGCCGCUCACUCUCAGCUCCCCAUCCUUCAUCUUUAGACUCUGCCUCCUCUGAUCUCCAGUCCAGGUUUCAGUGUGAUGUGUACUGCUACCCGAGUCCUCUGCAUGCCGUGGCGGUCCAGAGCCCCCUGUUGCUGCAGGUCCUGGGUCAUGGAGGGUGGACGAGGGUCGGGGAGACCGCCUCAGACCGUGGACCCCUGAAUCCUCCGGUUCCUCUGGUUCCUCCGGUUGCUCAGAACUCGUCAUGGCUGACCCAGAAGAGACUUGAUGGAUACAUCUAUAACCUCCUGCAGCGCCGCCCCCAGCCCAUCAGGACCAGCAGACCCAGGACCAGCAUCGGCACCGACCCAGCAAAGAGCGUCCUCAGGCAGGCCAGUCUGUCUGCAAGGCAGAUGUCUGGAUCUGGGUCUGGUUUUGGGACCUCGUCUCCCCUGAGGCAACGACCUGAGGAAGAUAAAAAUGAGGAGCAGCAGAUCCAGAAGAGCAACACAGACCUGAUCCAAAGUGGUUUAAAGGUCACCUGCAGCAGGACUCGGACCAUCCAGAACCAGGUUGACAUGAACAACACGACUCUGAAGAUGAAGAGGAGCACUCGACCUCCUCCUUCUACGACUCCAACCAAAGACGUCAGAGAGGUCGAUGGUCCUUCAGCGUCACCUGAAGACGUCCAACCACCAUGUUUACCUUCUGAGGACAGAACCUCUCAACCAGGACAGAAAGACAAAGGUGAAAGUCCAGGGCUGGAACCCACUGGUCCAGGUUCUUCUUCCGAGAGCCAGGAUGAAGCAGGAGGAGGAGGGAGUCACAUGGUCAAUGCUAAGAGCAUCCCUACACAGUGGCAGAACGCAAAACAAUGCGGUAAGAAUGUAAAGACAAAGGCAAACCGGAUGUCGGACCCCACUGACAUGGAGAACCCCGGCCACCGAUCCCACCUUAGAUCCACUUCAACAAGGAUUCGGACGUCAGAAGAACAAGGCCAUGUCAAAGUCUCCAGGAGAGCGUCAGGUGGGUCGUCAGGGCGACCGUCAUCCAGACUCAAACGCCUUCCUGCGUCAAUCCCAGAAGACCAAGUGAUGGACAAACACAAUGUGCGGUCAGGUGUAUCCAGGCACCGUCACCAUGGAAACCACCGCCACCACCAUGGCAGCCACCGUCACCAUGGAAACCACCACCACUACCACAGCAGCCACCGUCACCAUGGAAACCACCACCGUCACCAUCAUCAUCCUCGUCGUCAUCAUCACAACCAGGACCAGGUUGCGGUCGUCGCCAAACCGAAGCACAAAUGCAGCGACUACUGGCGGUUACGAACUGUCGUGGAUGUCCCAUACGAUGAGGCGUUCAGGCGUGCCCGGCGUUGUCAGAGAAGGGAGAACAUGUGCCUGAGCAGUCCGUACUCGUACAUGGCGGGAAGCAACUCGGAGUACUCGGCGGAGUGCGCGUCACUCUUCCAUUCGACUGUUGUGGACACGAGUGAAGACGAGAAGUCCGACUACACGACCAACUGCUUUGGAGACAGCGAGUCCAGCAGCGAUGGAGACGACGUCGAAGAGAGUGCCACGACCAGCAACAUCGAGGAGAGAGGAGGGGCGGGUUUGAUGAGCAGGGGGCAGGGCCAGAUGGGAGGAGGCAGUAGAGCCGAGGUGACGGAACAGGAAGUGACUCAAACAAAGGCCUUUGUGAAGAUCAAGGUGUCUCAUAACCUGAAGAAGAAGAUCCUCCGGUUCCGGGGCGGAUCGCUCAAACUCAUGACGACCGUGUGACACGAUGCUGAUGACAUGAUGGAAGUCUGAUGUUCAGGUCCCGCAGGAGGCAGGUCCUGAACCUGCCACACCCACCUGGUCUCAGAGACCGUCUUCUCAUGUGACAUUGAAUCCAGUGGCGGCUUUGGCUCAUCUGAAGGUUCUGGUUCUAGUCGUGGGUUCCUGACUCUGCAGAGGUCUGAGGUUCGGUUGGAGUCCCUUUGAUCUGGUCUUCAUGGACUGUUUCUGUUCCAGGUUUAGGACCAGAACGUCUACAAAGAUGUGAUUGAAAAAAACCGUACCUGCUAGUGUAUCCCAGAUUAGUUUAUACAGGGGUUGGACAAAAUAAUGGAAACACCUUCACCUCAAGAUGAUAAUGCUCCAAUCCAUACAGCUAGAAUUGUUAAAGAUGGCAUGAGGAACAUUCUAAUGAAGUUGAGCAUCUCG